UUCAAAAUCAGCGAUCUCUCCUCUAUAGCAAAUCCCGUGUAAUCCGAAUUUUCCAUUUCGGCGAUAGAUUUAUGUUCCGGUAGAAUGGCGAUUAUGUUUUCCAUUUCAAAAAAUAUUUUCAUAUCAGAAAGAUUUCCUGAAACAUUCUUACUUCUUUGUUUUCACAUUCAUCGGUUGAAAGGUCAUUUUUUGUGGGCAUUUUUUCACAUUCAUCGGUUGCAGUCUCUCGACAUCAACGAAAUACGGUGAAUCUGAUAGCUGAUUCUAGAUAUGGAAUCUUCUCCUGGCAAAGAUGUCAUAGUACCAGAUUCAACAAGUGAUUCUUCUAUUUCACCAGAUAAGAAACGAACGAAAUUUGUUUCCCAUCAUCAUUCUAGAUUAAUGAAAGGUAAACAACAAGUACCUCUACGUGCCGCCAGUCGUGUAACAUUUUCCAAGAAUAGUGGUAAAGUUCAAAAAUCAUCCAAAGUGGAAUCUGAUUUGAUUAUUAUUGAUGAUGCUCCUGCAAUAAGACCUAUUCAUUCAAGCAAAUCAGUCGAGUUUAUACCGCAUGAAGCAAAAUCUAAAGUAUUGUCAUUGAAUACAAGAACAACACUUGCUUCUUUUCAUGAUGCGUUGCUGAAACUUAAUACUGCUCAGAAGGAUGCAGUUAGGGACAUAGGAUUUGGUAACAUACUUGAAUUAAGGGUUAAGGAGCUUCCUGGUCGACUUGCGUAUUGGGCAUUGAACAGUUUCAACCCAACAACGUGUGAACUGGAAAUUAGCACUAGUAUUCGAGUCAAAGUUACAGAAAAUGAUGUAUAUCGUGUGUUUGGUAUACCCAAAGGAUUUCGGAGGAUCAAAAGAUUUGACCGCCAAACCAGUAGUGAACUUUUUGAUGAUUGGGUUGCUCUGUUUCGUGUUGAGAACCGAGAUAAAAUCAAGAUUGGCUUGGUAGUGAACGAGAUGCUGAAAUGCAAGACUGGAGGGACUUGGUUUAAGCGGCACUUUAUGAUCGCCAUGUGUUUCUCUAUAUUUGAAAGCUUUUCGAACGGAACAGUACACCCCCAUGUAUUGAAUACUCUUGUUGAUGUUGACAAGCUUGCUGAAUGGGACUGGGCAGAAUAUAUGGUGCGUAGUCUUAUAGAGAACAGAAAAACGUGGGGUGGCGAUGAGACCAAGAUGUAUACAGGGCCAUCGAUUUUCCUUGUGCUUUUUUAUGUUGAUCGUAUCAACAUCAGUGGCACUAUCUCUAAGAGGGUUUUUCCUAUUCUGAUGAGCUGGUCAAGCAGUGAUUUACGUGAACGUCAGCGAAUAGAGAAGGACAAACCAAAGUUUGGAAUAGGAAGGUUAUGUGAACCAUUGACAUUGCCAGCCAGAUAUGGUGUGAAAUUUGAUAACUCAGCAAAGUGCGAAAAACAAAUAGAAGUUGUCGAGGAUUACAUUAUAUCGAAGAAGCUUAGGGAAGAUGCUAAGUUUAUAGCAAAGCGUAUGGCUCAGCUGAACAUUGUUGCAAACAGUGCAUCGAUAAAGGAGAAAGGAUCAAAAUUCUUUAAAGAUAGCGUAGAGGAAGUGUUUAAACUUACUGGUGUUCGUAUAGUGAUUGAUACGCCUGACAAAUUGAAACAAGCACCUGUUACAGUUGAUUUGGAAGAUGAUAUAACAAUGAGGUGCCAGUUACAUUCGAAACGCCCCCUUCGUCAACCAAGCAAAGUGCUGUACAGGAGAAUAGCAUUUGCAAUUGACAAUGAUGUCUUGAAUCAGGUGAACUUCAAUGCUGCUAAGAUAGCGAACAAAGAGAACCAAGUGUUUUGUACGCCAUCUAAAACGGUAGUAGCCAAAUAUCUCACAUGA